AUGGGAGAUGGAGCUGUUAACGAGAAUUAUGACCAGCUUUGCAUUGGGGUAAAACCCUCUGUCAAUAUUCCAUCAGGGCCUUGUGUUUCUGAGCCAAUAGGCUCCGGAACUAUUCCUGCAUCCGUGCCAGCUUGCUCGUUGAGCCAAGUAAAUAUAAAGGGCUUCAGUAGCUUAAUUAGUCAAAUAUCUCGGCUCAAUCAAAUAUCAAGGGAGAUAGAUUCUCUGAGAACUGAUGCGGCAGAGCCACAUGUAUUCACAUCCAAGAGGUUCGAAGAAACAAAUGCUGAGCGCGGCAUGCAAUCAUCCACGAUGCAUAUGCAAUGCUGGCAGGCUGGCGUUGCGUGGCAGACGGAGCAACAGGAAAGGAAAUAUGCAAAGGAUCAGUUGCUUGACAGUCAGAACCUGUGGCUACCAACGUUUGCUCCUGGACGGCAUCUCGAGGAUCCGAGAAGUGGGCUGGAUUCAAAAGUACUAUGUAAAAUAUUCAGAAGUCUAAGAAAUAGCCAUCAAGAACAGCGUGGCCUUGCUGCGCCGAAAUCUCAGUCUGGAGCCGCAAAACUCCCAAAAUUCUCGUUCCUCGAGGAUUCGCUGGUGGUAGGGACACUCGAUCUCAUCUCUGCCCAUGCAACCAGAUAUCACAUCGAGCUGUGCAUAGGGCGAAUGGCACGCACGCUUUUCUCCUCGCAAAAGGAGUAUUCUGCUUAUCUGGUUCAAGCACAUUGCCUCCAAGACUUUGAUCGUAUCGCGAUCUCAGCGGCGCAACCGUUAGACAACGAUUUGCAGUACGAUCUUCUUCAUAUUUGGGGAAAACGCCCCUCGCUGUCCCUGGAGCAGCCAUCCCUUGAUCCUAGCCUUUGA